AUGACGGGUUUAAGUAGCUCAAGCACAUCAGCAGAUUCAUUUACUCAUCCAGGAAAUGUCAGAAGUAAACAAAUCCUGAUCACAUGCCAGCAGUCACCUGUGAAUAGAGGAAAAGAUGGACACGAGGAAGGCGCUGCUGCUUUUAUUGCUGUGCCAGGCGGUAUAUCAGUGCCAAAGAACUACCAGCACAACUUGGCAUUGGCUUUUGCUGUAAAAGAAAUCAAUGGGAACCCCAACAUCUUACCAAACAUCACUUUGGGCUUUCACAUCUUCAACAGCUACUACAAUGCAAAGAUGACCUCUAAAGCUACUUUGAGUUUGCUUUCUUCACAGACCAAGUUUCUCCCCAAUUUCCAGUGUGAAACACAGAGCAAUCCCAGGGCAGUCAUUGGAGGACUGAGUUCACACAUAUCUGCUCAAAUUGCCUCCACAGUCACCAUUUACAAAAUACCACAGCUCAUUUAUGGAUCAUUUUCCCUGGUGCAAGAGAACAAAUUGCUACUUUCUUCCAUGUAUCCGAUGGUCCCCAAUGAAGCCAUUCAAUAUAUGGGAUUUAUCCAGUUAUUUCGCUACUUCAGAUGGACCUGGAUUCUACUGUUUGUUUUGGAUGAUGACAGUGGGGACAAGUUCUUGCAGAUGAUGGUGCCAAUGCUUUCUGAGAAUGGCAUCUGUUUUGACUUCACUCUCCAUCAUUUUCUCAGGAGCAUCAAGUUCAACAACAGCGCUGGGGACACAAUGUGUUUUGAUGGAAAUGGAGAACUGAAUGUUGGCUUUGAUGUGACAAACUGGGUAACAUUCCCAAAUGGAUCUUUUGCAAGAGUAAAAGUGGGAAGACUGGAUCCUCGGGCUCCUCCAGGCAAAGAGCUGACCCUUAUUGAUGAUCGGAUUGUGUGGCACAGAACCUUUAACCAGGUGGUGCCCCUUUCCCACUGCAAUGAAAAUUGCCAUCCUGGCUUUAGCAAGAAAAAGAAGGAGGGGGAGAAGUUUUGCUGCUAUGAUUGUGUUCCAUGCCCAGAAGGAACAAUUUCUCUGGACGAGGACAUGGAUGCCUGUGUGAAAUGUCCACAAGAUCAAUAUGCCAAGAAGAACCAAAACCAAUGCAUCCCCAAGGUCCAAAGUUUCCUCUCUUACAAGGAACUAUUAGGAAUUACCCUAGCUAUUUCGGCUAUUUCUUUCUCUCUGAUCACAGCUUUGGUGCUUGGGAUUUUCAUAAAGCACCGGGAGACGCCCAUUGUCAAAGCCAACAACCGGAGACUCACCUACAUUCUCCUCAUCUCCCUUCUUUUCUGCUUCCUCUGCUCCUUGUUCUUCAUUGGACAACCAGGAAAAGUGACUUGCCUUCUCCGACAAACUACUUUUGGCAUUAUCCUCUCUGUGGCCCUUUCCAGUGUGUUGGCCAAAACCAUCACUGUGGUUUUAGCCUUCAUGGCUACCAAACCAGAAUCCAGGAUAAGAAAAUGGAUUGGGAACAGAAUGGCAACUUCUGUGGUCCUUUUCUGCUCCUCUAUUCAAGCAGGCAUUUGUACUCUUUGGCUAAGUACUUCCCCUCCCUUCCCUGAUAAGGACAUGCAUUCAGUUACAGGAGAAAUCAUCCUGCAAUGUAAUGAGGGGUCAGCUGUCAUGUUUUACUGUGUCUUGGGCUACAUGGGCUUCCUGGCCAGUGCCAGCUUCGCCGUGGCUUUCUUUGCCAGGAAGUUACCUGACAGUUUCAAUGAAGCCAAAUUUAUCACCUUCAGCAUGUUGGUCUUUUGCAGUGUUUGGUUGUCCUUUGUUCCAACGUACUUGAGCACCAAAGGGAAAUCCAUGGUAGCUUUGGAGAUCUUUUCCAUCUUGGCCUCCAGUGCUGGCUUGCUGGUUUGUAUAUUUUCCCCUAAAUGCUACAUCAUCAUUCUGAAGCCAGAGCUGAACCACAGGGAUCAAUUAAUAAGGAGAAAAAAGUGA